AAUGAGGGGAGAGAGGCAGAGAAGUAAUACGGGUGAUCUCUCUCUUUCUUCAUCUUCUGUUUACAUUCUAUCCUCUUCAUCAAAUAAAUAUCUAUGAAUGUAUAGAAUUUCACUUCAAGAUCCUUUAUACUGAGCGACUAAGGCUGCGCCAUUGAGUACCCAUUCGUACUCAAUCCCACCUUUGUUGGCUGUCGAGUCAGCAUUCGUUACUUCUACCCGUCGCCGCUUGACAACCUCUUUGGCUGUCUUUGGGCCACUGCGAAUCCCGUCGUUUCAGUCCCAGAGUGAAUUCACCCUGACUUCAUUCACUUCCCAAAAGCAAACCAGCACCCGCCUGCGCUGCUUAUAGUCGGAUUCCCAGCCUGGCUUCACCUAGCCACAUCCAGUACCGACCUCAACUUCCACGACUCCGUUCUUUUGUCCAGCACAAAGAGUUUUCAAGUUUCCAUCAAUCCAUUGUCGUUUUGGGACACCCAUUCCGGUCGUUAUUUUGGUCCCAGAUCAUUGAGAGACAGAUCAACUAUACGAACUUGAAGGGCAAGGCAGGGCCUCAACACAAAUAUGGUCGCUCUUAGUACAAGACGUCGGACUAGAAGUUCCAUGGCAGCCACCUACGAUGGUGCUGGGGAUGAGAACGACGUGGAUCCACUACAGGUCGCUGAAUCAAUCGACCGAACUUCCAUGUCAUCGGCAUCUACCGCACAUGAGAGCAGUGGCUAUUCUACCCCCGCUACAAGUGCCGUUACUACCCCAGCUCAGGUGAAAGAUGAACCCUCAACUCGCAAUCUCAGGCGCCGCAUCGCCUCGUCUCUUGCCCACGAGGUGUCUUCGGCUACAGCCACCGUGGUCCACCGGGCCAAAGCACUCCGCAAUAGCGAAUUUGCCCUGAAUCCAAGGAGCAGCAGCAAGAGGUCCCACGAGGUGUUGGACAGUGAGGAUGAUGAUGACGAUGAGUUCGAAGACAACUCUAGGGAUGCUCAGCUCGCGAGGGCAUUGCAGAAGGAAGAAAAUGAGCGCAGCGAGCUUGUUAGCACAGAGCGUCAGACUUCUCUCGGAACUAGUCGACGUGGACGACCUCGGAGAUCAGUUUUGCCCAUGACGAACUUUGUAGACGAGUUUUCGGAGGGCGAAGAUGCUUAUAAUCCGCCUUCAAAGAGGGCCAAGCUGUCUGAUGGAAAGGGCAAAGCACGUGCGACAGUUCCUGACUCUGACGAACAAUCGGAGUUUACUGACGGUUCCUCCUCUGCGGAUGAGAACGAUUUCCCGGGUUUUCUCAACCUCACGGACGAUGAAGAAACCCAACCACCUCGCCGUCCUGUUCAAGCUCGCCGCCGCUUCGGCAAUAACCCGUCCCAACGCCGAAGUACCUUCCAACAGCCAUCUAUUCCUGCUAUGGAACCCGCCGACUAUACUGCCCCUAUUCAACAACCCGAUUCUGCUGGCGAGGAGGGCAGUAAUGAUGACUCUGAGAUUCCUGAUUUUGCCACGAUGACACCGGCACAAAGAAGAGAAUAUAAGUUGGAGAGCAGGGCCAGGGCUGCCCGCCAAAGAUUGGAGACCCAUCACCCAGAGCUUUUAGUGAUGUGGAAAGAGCUGAGAGAUCUGCCAAAGAUCCCACCCACCAAAGCAGAGCAGCCUACAAAUAUAUCGAGGGAGUUGAAACCAUUCCAACUGGAAGGUUUGAAUUGGAUGAAGAUGAUGGAGAAGACUAAGUGGGGCGGAGGAUUGUUAGGCGACGAGAUGGGCAUGGGGAAGACGAUCCAAGCUGUCUCCUUGAUUAUGUCUGAUUAUCCGGCCAAGAACCCGUCGCUUGUCCUUAUACCUCCUGUCGCUCUCAUGCAGUGGCAGCAAGAAAUCGCGCAGUAUACAGAUGGUACUUUAAAGACCUUCGUUUAUCACGGGACAAACAGCGCCGCGAAAGGUGUUACAGUUGCUACGCUUCGAAAGUACGAUGUAAUUUUGAUGUCAUACAACAGUUUGGAGUCAUUGUACCGCUUCCAGGAGAAGGGCAGGAAGAGAAAAGACGAGGUUGCAUUCCAAAAGAGUCCUGUUCACCAAAUCCAGUUUCACAGAGUCAUUCUAGAUGAGGCUCAUAACAUCAAGCAACGUACUACCGGAAGUGCCAAAGCUUGCUUUGCACUUAAAGCUGACCACAAGUGGUGUCUCUCUGGUACCCCGCUUCAGAACCGUAUUGGCGAAUUCUUUUCGUUGAUUAGGUUUCUUGAUGUCCGACCUUUUGCAAGUUAUUUCUGCAAGCAGUGCCCCUGCAGCCAACUUGAGUGGGCAAUGGACGAAAGAAACCGCUGCACCAAAUGCUCCCACAAUGGCAUGCAGCACGUCUCGGUCUUCAACCAAGAGCUACUCAACCCAAUUCAGAAGUACGGCAACUAUGGCCCGGGCAAAGAUGCAUUUGCCAAACUGCGCCUCCUUACAGACCGCUUCAUGCUCCGUCGAGUCAAGACGGACCACUCUGCCGCGAUGGAGCUGCCAGCUAAGGAAAUCUAUGUUGAUCGCAAGUUCUUCGGAGACGAGGAGAAUGAUUUCGCUGGCAGCAUUAUGAACAGCGGCACUCGCAAAUUCGAGACUUACGUUUCGCAAGGUGUGCUGCUGAACAACUACGCCAACAUUUUCGGUCUGAUCAUGCAAAUGCGCCAAGUCGCAGACCAUCCGGAUUUGAUUCUAAAGAAAGAUGGGGCUGGUGGCCAGAACAUCUUGUGCUGCUGUAUUUGUGACGAACCAGCCGAAGAUGCGAUCAGAUCAGCAUGUAAACAUGACUUCUGUCGUACUUGUGUGAAGAAUUACAUCGCCUCAUCCGAAGAAUCUACAGGAACCCCCGACUGCCCACGCUGCCAUCUCCUCCUAGCCAUUGACCUCGAGCAGCCAGAGAUGGUGCAGGACGAGUCUGCGGUUAAAAAGACAAGCAUCAUCAACCGGAUCAAGAUGGAGAACUGGACCAGUUCGUCCAAGAUUGAGGCACUUCUGUACGAUCUCCACCUCCUACGUUCCAAGAACUCGUCAACGAAGAGCAUCAUCUUCUCCGGCUUCACCACGAUGCUUCAACUUGUUGAAUGGCGCCUCAGACGUGCUGGUAUCACAACGGUCAUGUUGGACGGUAGCAUGACACCUGCGCAGCGCCAGGCUAGUAUCAACGCCUUCAUGACAGACCCCACCAUCGAGUGUUUUCUUGUCUCCCUGAAGGCCGGCGGUGUCGCGCUCAACCUUACAGAAGCAAGCCACGUCUUCAUCGUCGACCCUUGGUGGAACCCAGCGGCGGAAUGGCAGUCCGCAGACCGGUGCCAUCGUAUUGGACAGUGUCGCCCCUGCAGCAUCACGCGUCUGUGCAUUGAGGACAGUGUCGAGAGCCGGAUGGUGAUGUUGCAGGAGAAGAAGAGCAAUAUGAUUCGUAGCACGAUUAAUAAUGAUGAGGCGGCUAUGGAGAGCUUGACGGCGGAGGAUAUGCAGUUUUUGUUCCGUGGUACUUGAGGACGGGUGUAUGUAUCGACUGGGGGCGUUGGGUAUAGGUGCUAUUGUUUUGGGGAGUUGGGAGGAUUAUGGGGGUCGGCUUAGGGUUUGGUUCGGAGUAGGUGGGAUGGGUAUGAUGAUCAUGAUAACAAGGGAUUUUGUAUGGUUACGGAAUUGGCGGACUGUGGAAUAUGGGCCUUGCCUGCGUACCUGCGAUGGGUUUAUUUGAGUGGGGCAUUGGCAAGCGUUUUAUAGCCUAUACCAGAGCUUUUAGCGUAGGAAUUUGACUCUAUAACCAUAA